GAUGGCUGAUGAAGAGGAAGAAGUUGAGCAGAUCUUACAGAAAUUGCAGUUGCAAAGUGUUUCCCCCUCCUGACUCUGGUAUGUGAAGUGCUUAGUCAUAUUGGAAGCCCUAUUGGGGCUGGGAGAGAGAACUAUCAUCAUGCUGCAGAGACUGGCAUGGGACAACGUGAGAGUGGGCCUGGGACACUGGCUACUUUCCCUCAGGAUCUGUGGCAUUUUGAGAGACCUGUCCACCUGCUUCUUGUUUCAUUCCUAGGAACUGGUAGAUCAGCUCUAUUCAUUUCGAGACUGCUAUUUUGAGACUCAUAGUGUUGAGGAUGCUGAGAGGAAGCAAGAGGAUGUGCGGGAGGAGAUGGAGAAGACCCUGCAGCAGAUGGAGGAAGUAGUGGGUUCUGUCCAGGGCAAAGCACAGAUUCUAAUGCUAACUGGGAAGGCACUGAAUGUGACUCCUGACUAUAGCCCUAAGGCUGAGGAGCUUCUUUCAAAGGCUGUGAAGCUGGAGCCCAACCUGGUGGAAGCCUGGAACCAGCUGGGUGAGGUGUACUGGAAGAAGGGGGAUGUUGCAGCUGCCCACACCUGCUUCUCAGGAGCCCUCACCCAUUGUAAGAACAAAGUCUCCCUUCAAAACCUGUCAAUGGUGCUUCGCCAGCUGCGGACUGAUGCUGGAGAUGAGCAUUCUCGCCAUGUCAUGGACAGUGUCCGACAGGCUAAGUUGGCUGUGCAGAUGGAUAUCCAUGAUGGCCGCUCCUGGUAUAUUCUGGGGAAUGCAUACCUUUCUCUUUACUUCAAUACUGGCCAGAACCCUAAGAUCUCCCAGCAAGCCCUCAGUGCCUAUGCCCAAGCAGAGAAGGUUGACAGGACAGCUUCCAGCAAUCCUGAUCUUCAUCUGAACAGGGCAACGUUACAUAAAUAUGAAGAGAAUUACGGGGAGGCCCUGGAGGGCUUCUCUCGGGCUGCAGCGCUGGAUCCUGCUUGGCCAGAGCCUCAGCAACGAGAGCAGCAGCUCCUGGAAUUCCUGAAUAGAUUAACCAGCCUCCUUGAGAGCAAGGGAAAGGUUAAGACCAAAAAGUUGCAGAGCAUGCUGGGAAGCCUGCGCCCAGCCCAUCUAGGCCCUUGUGGUGUUGGGCGCUAUCAGUCAGCCUCUGGGCAGAAGGUGUCCCUGGAGCUCAAGCCUCUGAGUGCGCUGCAGCCUGGUGUGAACAGCGGUGCUGUGGUCCUGGGAAAGGUGGUGUUCAGCCUGACCACAGAGGAGAAAGUCCCCUUUACCUUUGGCCUAGUAGAUUCAGAUGGACCUUGCUAUGCAGUGAUGGUGUAUAAUAUGGUGCAGAGUUGGGGAGUGCUCAUUGGGGACUCUGUAGCCAUCCCUGAGCCCAACCUUCGGCUUCACCAAAUUCAGCACAAAGGAAAGGACUAUUCCUUUUCCAGUGUUCGUGUGGAGACACCCCUCCUGCUAGUGGUGAAUGGGAAGCCUCAGGGCUCCAGCAGCCAGGCUGCUGCCACAGUGGCAUCGCGGUCACAGUGUGAAUGACCUUCCUUGACUUGCAUGUUAAAGAGGCAGUGGAAGCGAGGAGAUAAGCUCAGGGGCACCCAGCAGCCGGACCAGCCAUAUCCAGUGACUCAACCGGAAUGGGGGGAUGUUUAAGAUGACAACCUUCCCUUCCUGUGCCCUGUAAGACACUUUGUGUCCAUUCUUUCUCCUGUGCUGGUCCAGUACUCUCUGGGGCCACAUAGUCCACUGGUGUAUUUCUCCUGCCUCUUUUGUUGCUCUUCUGCGUUUUAGGUAAAGAGCAUGGAAUUGGGAUCUUGCCAUGGGACAGAGUCUCCAAGGUUCCUGUUCUUGCCUCCUUCCUGAGCCUCAUGUGUAUAUAUCAUUUCAGUAUUUAUUGCUAAGGGAGGGGGCUUAAUUUUUUUAUGGCUUGGUUUUUGAGCAAUUUUAAUUUUAUUUUUGAAAUUUACAACCUUCCCCUUCUUUGGGGCUGGAUCAGAAUUAAAUUUGUUUGGAAGAAAAUUACUGUGUACUUUGGCCUGCUUUAUUCUUUCCAGGCUUGGAUUCUUGCUUUUAGGAUCACUUCAAUCCAUUAGAGUAAUCCCUCCCGCUUUUUUUUCUUUAUACAAAAUAGUUUAUUUCUCUCCCACUUAAAAGAAUACUGGCAAAGGGCAGCCCAGGGCAGGAAUGACAGCUCCGCAAGGUCGUUGGGAACCAGCUUCCUUCCAUUUCCCCAUUGUGUCGUCCCUAGGGGUGAUCCUCAUCAUGCUCCAAGAUGACAUCAGUACUGUUCUAAUAGUGUUACCAGGCUGAAAGACUAGAGCGAACUAUAUAUUCAGUUUCUUUAGAUUUUAAUGGUACAUUUUAUAACAGUUUCUGUUAAAAUCCUUGUGGAAAAAUGGGACAGUGUGAGGGAAGAUUAAUGACCAACUGAGUGGUUUUAACCAGAGAGUACAUUAAUGGAUACAGAUUAAUUUGGAAGACUUUUAGUCAUAUGGCUCAGGUUUUUGUCCUUGGUCCAGUCCUGUUCAACUCUUGAUCAGUGACUUGAAAAUCACUGAUGAUUUAUUCGAUUUAUAAAGUGUGUAAGAUGCAGAGGACCCUUCAGAGAAUAGAUGAUAGACUAAGCAUCUAUCUAAAGAUGUUAUAAGGGCUGAAUUUAAAAUUUUGAAGUCCAUUCUUUUGGUCCCAAAGGCCAACUUUCUGAGGUGUAUCUUCAACAUCAUGUAUGAAAAAUUACUGGAAGUUUUAGUAGGCAAGAUAAAGUCAGUAUGAGUAACCACUGUGAUAGAGUUGCAAAAAACACUCUUUUUAGACUGUACCAAUGAAUCUUGUAGCCAGAGAGAGAUUUUAAUACAGUGUCUUUAAGAUCACAUGUGGAGCCUUGUAUCAAAUUCUUGUGGUUGAUUUUGAGGGCUACAGUCAUGGAAAAGUGAUCAGAAACUUGAGGGGGUGUAGAAUAUCUUGAGAAAUGGUUGGAAGCAACUGGGGAAGUGGGGGGUGGGCAAAGUGUGUGCAUUAGAGUCAGAGAGAUGAGAUCCAAUAACUGUUCCCCUUUUACUCAAGUCCUGAGAUAAUUUGACAUGUUCUGUGUUGGGUUAGGCAAUAGAAAAAUGGCCAGUAGCUGGUAGAAGCAGAACUUCAAAGAUUUAAUGAUUAAAUAUAUGUACAAAUGAGUAUGCAAAAUGUGUAUAUACAGUUGAAAGAGUAAGUAGAAUACUUUUGAAAAUGUCCAUCUGGCUUAAAAACUAGAAUAUCACUAGUAUCUUAGAAGCCCUGUAUGUCUCUCCAUGAUCUCAUCUCAUUUGUUUUCACAGCUGUAUAAUAUCUCAUUGUAAGAUUAUGGCACAAUUUAUUCAUCCUACCAUUAAAAGAUACUUGUUUUUUGUUGUUGUUAUCAAGGUAGUAUAUUAUUAAUAUUCUGUACAUGUCCUAAUGUGUAUGUGUAAGAGUUUCUUUUAUAGCAAUGGUUCUCAAAGAGUGGUCCCCAGACCAACAGCAUCAGCAUCACCUGGAACUUCUUAGAAAUGCAAAUUCUCAGGUCCCAACCCCUGAGUUAGAAAUUCUGGGGAAGAGUCCAGCAAUCUGUGUUUAACAGACUCUCCAGGUGAUUCUGAUGCACUCUAACAUGCAAAAACCACUGUUUCAGAGUAUUGGCACAAGAAUGGAAAUGCUGGGUAAUAGAGUAUACACAUGCUCAACUUUUUUGAGAAAUACCAAACGUUUCCAAAGUGGUCGUACCAAUUUAUGUGUUUGCUAUCAGUGGAUGAUUUUUCCUAAUGCUCCUCAUCCUCUUCUACAUUUGAUGUUGUCUUACUUUUUAGAGAUUGCAAAUAUAGGAGAUUUAAAUGAUA